AUUCACACGUUUUCUUGGCGUUGUUUGUCGUCCGGCGUUACAUUUUUUAUCGUUUAAGUUUUAUUUCGGCUGUUGUAAUGUAAAAUGUAAAGUGGGACUCCUGUCCGAUGCAAAUUUAUAAGUUUUUAUCCGAUUUUGUCGAAAUCAACAUCCAAAACAUGUAGGUGCAAAAUGAUGCCUAAAGGAAAUAUUACACAUAGCAACCAUGGAACCCCUCGUUUGACAGACAUAGAUGCUUAAUAAAUGGAUAGCACUCAGCAAAAAGAUCUAAAAUGGCUUCACUCACCCAUAUGGACCCGGAGAGCUCAAGCUCAGCUUUAUACCGGAGCCCUAAACCCACUACAAUUGAUUUAGUCGGUGGUAUAUACUGCCACAUAUGUCAUAUUACAUAUGCUAACAAAAAAGAGUAUGAUUCACAUUACAUUAAACAUGAAACUGGAAGUAAAGAUAUAGUGUACACAUGUGUGGUAUGCCAUAAAGAGAUAGCUGGCUAUCCGAGUUUCCGCGGCCACUGUUAUACAAGCCAUGUCAUAAAAGAUAGAUUCAAGUGCGAACAUUGUUCAAAAUUAUUUUCUAAAUCUUUAUCCCUCAAGGAACAUAUCAAAGUAAUGCACAGAUUUAAAUGCUCAUCAUGUAAUAAAGAAUUUACAACUAAAAAAGAGCUUCAAUUGCAUCAAAUAAUUCACAACAAUACAGAUAUGCCACCUUUCAAAUGCCAAGCUUGCGACAAUCAAAUUGAUUCACUCGAAGGCUGUAAAGAACAUAUAGAUUUGCACUCUGCUUCUAUAUACUUUUGUCCAGUUUGUAAUGAGAAUAUAUCAAGUCGAGAGAAUGCUAAGGAGCAUAUGAAAAAACAUUUUGGUGAAGACAACGAGGAUCAAACAAUAAUACAUAAAAAUUUUAAUAAAGAAGAAAGUUACAUAGAACAGUUGGGUGGAAUUUCAUGUAAAUACUGUCCUCUCAUUUACAAGGAUAGAGUUGAGUUUGACGCUCAUUUCUCUUGCGAACACGGCAACGAAGAUAUAGUCUACACAUGUAAUGUCUGUGGGAAACAUUUUGAAAAGUACUCGGUGUUCAGUGAUCAUUCGUAUAACCAUUUCAUGAAGGAUAGAUUCUGCUGCGACAUUUGCCAUAAAACAUUCAACCGCCUGUCCCUGCUGGUGACACACAUGUCUGCCUGCCAAGCUAAUAUGGACGCAAAUGGGAAACCAUUUGUGUGUUUCCAGUGCGGACACCGCUACGCCACCGAGAUGCGGCUCCGCGAACAUCUCCGAGACGCGCACGCUAUCCAUUGCAUUAUGUGUCCUGAGGAAGGCUGUCAGAAAAUAUUUUCCACACCAAAAGAUUUGAUCACCCAUCAACGUGAACACCGUACACAGCAGAACUGGUGUCGGCAGUGCGGCCUACUGUUCCCCACUCUGAAAUCAUGCGAACGUCACUUGGAUGUUCACAAGAAAAAGCUCUAUAUCUGUCCGGUCUGCAAUCGAAAUUACAGCGAGAAAUACCUUAUCCUGAAACAUGUCCCCCAACACUUUGAAACAGUUUUGCACCUCUGCAAAGUAUGCGGAAAGGUCUAUAACGCCAAGAAUCGCCUCAUCGAACAUAUAAAAACUCAUUCUGAAACCAAAAGCCAUAAGUGCACAUAUUGCGGAAAGAGUUUCGUGAAAAUUGGUCAGUUACAGCAGCAUCUGAACGUCCACACCGGAUCCAAGCCGUACAAGUGUCCCAUAUGUUCGAAAACAUUCGCCAGCUAUCCGAACUGGCACAAACAUUUGCGCAGAAUGCACAAAGUCGACGGUAAAAAGUACAAAAAGUGUACAGAAAACGUUCCGAAUAUAAUCGACGACUCGGAAUCGGACAGCACGGAGACCCCGGACGAGGAGGAGUCGCCCACAGAAAUCGACAUCAACGAAAUCAAUAUGAAUCAAUCGAUCAUAGAUGUCGCCCCGCAACUGGACGGCAACUUGACGAACGCUCGCCUGCACGUCGACAUCUCCGAAACGUACUCGUUCCAGGAACCGGACGACAGCACCAUGGAGUCGGACGACAUCGAUCGGAUCAUCAUCGAGAAAGAACUGGAAAUCUUCGAGGACACGGCGAAUCUGAAAAACAUCGUGGAGUUCAUCAACGUGCUGCCGGCCGACAUCGGCACCCCGGCGCCGGCGGCCCCGGCGGCCCCGGCGGCGCCGGUCGCGCCGGUCGUGCCGGCCGAGUACGGGCCGGAGUUCGCGGAGCCGGACGAGCACAUGCUGCACAUCGACCCGCUGCUGACCAUCAAGCACGCGGGGCCGGGCUGGGAGCCGCUGCUGACGCGCGUGUUCCCCGACGUGCUGGAGUCCAGCCGACUCUCGAUGAUGAACGCCGAUAUAUUUUGAAGUGUCAACGCGACGAACAUAUUUUUGUAUCUACACCUCCGGCCGGCCGGUCCCGGGCCGGGAGCGCCGGCCGGCCCCGCAGCUACCUCAGACGGAAACGAUGAUGUACCUCAGUUAUACAAUAGGCUCUAUUUUAAUGUUGAUAUGAUAUACAUUUUUAACAUAUAUCCCACCAAACAUUAGACGGUUAAUGUUAUCAUAAUUCAUAGUAACGCUACCUCAUUUAGUUAAGUUUUUCUCUUAUAUUCGCUUACACUGUAAUGUUCGAAAUAUGUAUAUGUCGUCUCAUAGAGUUUGUGUUGUAUGUUGUGUAUGAAAUUUACUUGCAUGAGAGGUUAGAGUGACUGCUUUACGCACUUUCUCUUCGUUUCAAACGUAUUUUAAAUUUGCGCCGAUUGUCGAUUAGUUCGAGGGUUAAAUUAGCGAACUUCAAAAUUGUAUCUAAUUUGAUAAAUUUAAAACCCUGAUUCCUACGAUAAACAUACGCCUGUAUGUUGUUGAAUUCAGGUCACAAAAACUGUAAACAAUUUACAUACCCUUGUGUCAGUCUACCGUACAUCAUUUAGACUUCUGUAUAAGUGAAACAUUCUCAAACAGCGAUGUUUAUCGUAGUCGACAUCGAAAACAAUCUUUUCGAAUGAUUUCCAAAGGUUUAGGCUUAAGAUGUUUUGGUAAAAUCGGCUUUUUGUAAAUAUUUUGGUACAUUUUUGCGGCACGUUGUAAUUUGCAUUUUCUAAUGCUUGAUCCUGAAGCCACCGCCCACUUACUUCACCGACUUUGAAUCGGCUCUCCUAGUUCGGCAGGAAACAGAUAUUAAUCAAAAGAGACCUAGGAGAGGAUGUCGGGGGGAGGGGGGUCUAAGAGUAAACGAGACAGCGGUGGCAUUUUCAUGCAUUUCAAUUUCGAUUCCUUUUUUUAUUAUUUUAUUCAAAGUUGCGAACGCAAAGCGUCGUGAUUUUAGUGUAAGUGAAUCGAUAGUGCUGUGAUAUUUUUAUGUAUAUUUAGAUAUAAGUCUAGAGAGUGUAACGUAACAGCAAGUACAAAGAUACAUUAUUUAUGAUAGACAAACAGCUACGCGUCCUCGUUCUUAUAUAUUACGAAUAGAUUGCAAGGAGUUUGGUAAUCACGAGAUCGGUACUAUUCUCCUCUUAUAAUGUUGUUGUAUUAAUCUCGAGUUUCUCAAUCUUCGUGUAUUGCAAAUUAUUGUGUCAACGAACUCUACGUUAUACCUAAAAUAUUGAAUAAGGACGCUAUCAUAUAACCUAUACCCAUAUGGACAGAACACUAACAAGUAUCCGAAAAUUGUGUAACUACAUUGAGUCGCGCUUGCUGACUCACGGUUUUGAUACAACCCUUAAAUCUCUCUGAGGGAUUCCAAAGUGUAACAUAAUACGAUAGCCGUACGUCCAUAUGCGGUCAAAGUUCGUGCACGUUCUCACGUUAAAACGACAGGAGAGAAAUCAAAACGGUCGCAGGUUACUGCAUGACAAAAUGUAGGUUUAAAAACAAAAAAAGAAAUGAAAAAUGUAUGCUAAGAAAUGAACUCCGAAAUAUAUUUUCGAGAGAGUAAACUAUUUACAAUUUCGCGGCGAAGGGGUCUUAGUGAUAAAAGUAUCCAAAGACUGUAAUGUAUUUAUAAGUUCAAUGAACUUAAUAAUGUAAUGGAGGUAAAUCCGGGAAAAAAAGUCAGAUGUGAAUUAAAAAAUUAUGAAAUAGCUGUUUAGCUUUUGAUAAAAAAUUGGGCUUCGACGGAAAUAGACACGCGGAACGGCCGCACCGGAAGCGGUGCUGGACGACAAAUAUCAAUCAAUCUGGUUUAUAAGCCGAUUAGAAAUGACAACGCAAGAGCAAGUCGAGUGACAUGCUUGAGAAAUUACAAAAUUAUUGCAUUAAAAUUGAUGGGGAAGUUACUUCAGUGAAUCCGUUCGAAAAGGAACUUUUAAAGCUGUUGAUAGCGAAAUGAUCUGCCGUGGCAGCAUCUACGAGUACUUCCCCUGUCGAAAUUUCAUUCAUUCUCGUUUGGUGUAACUGCGCUGUAGUUUUAGUUUUAAUAUGUGUUUCGUCAAUGUAUACCCACUCUCGAGUAAAUGAAUUACAGUAUAAUUUCGUGUAAAUAAAAUUGUGCAGUGGGAAAGUGUGGAUGAUUAAUGUUCCAAAUUUACAGACUACAGCGCAGUGUAACUGUCAAUAAACGUUAGCUUUGCUGCAAAAUACACUGCGACCAUCUACACGGUAUAAACUAGAUGUUCUGUGAAGAUAACCUAUCGGUGUGAUCGAUAUC